AUGGAACUGUUCAACCAGUCUUCUAGCAGAUUUAUUCUUCUCGGUUUCUCAACUGUUCCAUACUUGGAGGUCAUUGGUUUCAUUACCUUCUUGCUGAUGUAUUUGAUAACAUUGUUAGCAAACCUUCUACUGAUCAUCGUGGUGAGGUUUAAUCUGAAGCUCCACACUCCCAUGUAUUUUUUUCUUGUGAAUCUCUCCUUCAUUGACAUCUGCUUUUCUACCACCGUGGUCCCUAAACUCUUAUAUAACACAUUGGCCAAAGACAGGAGCGUCUCUCGACUAGAAUGUGCUGUCCAGAUGCACUUUCAUUUGGCUUUGGGGUCUGCAGAGUGUUUUAUACUUGCAGUCAUGGCUUAUGAUAGAUUUGCUGCCAUCUGUAAACCACUUCACUACAACACUAUCAUGAGCCGGAAGAUUUGCAUCAACCUGGCUGCUGUGUCAUGGACCUCAAGCUUCAUCAGCUCCAUUUCACAAGUCACCUACACCUUCCAGAUGUCUUUCUGCCAUACCCGCCAUGUCAACCAUUUCUUUUGUGAGUUACCCGCACUUUUGAAAAUAUCAUGCAGUGAUACUUGGAUCCAUGAGUUGAUAAAUUAUAUUAUGGCAAGCAUAAUAGUCAAUCUAUUCUUUCUCUUGAUUCUGAUUUCAUAUAUUCAUAUUCUGGUCUCCAUCUUGAAGAUCAGUUCUUCUCAUAAAAGGUACAAAGCUCUCUCCACAUGCAGCUCCCACAUCAUUGUGGUGACUUUCUACUAUGGGACCAUAAUGAUUCAGUAUUUUCGCCCCCAUUCCCGUUCAUCCCCAGACAUAGACAGAUCCAUCUCCCUCAUCUACACAGCCGUGACACCCAUGCUAAACCCCAUCAUCUACAGUGUCCGAAAUAAAGAUGUCAAAGAGACUAUAAGAAAGAUUCUACACUAUUAA